UGGAAGAUUGGAUGGAGACGCUGGAAGGUGGCUUGUAAUUUCACUUUCUCCCAGCAGAUGGUGCCACAUUCCCAUUUCGCGCAAGUUCUCUCUCCCGCAUCCUCACAUGACUGGAUAUUGAUAUUAAGCCACAUGUAAAUAAACGUCUGUGUCUGUGAGACAAAGCGUUGGGUAUAAAACCAAGAGCAGCCUUUAAACCAGGAGGCGCUGCUCAUCAGCGUGUGCUGAUAUUUUCUUAACCCUGUUAACUGUAAGACCGUACCGGCGGUAUUUGUGGCUAACGGUUACCGCAGAAGAGCGAAGUGCACCCGGUCACUGCGAAUGAAGGAGCCUUGAACGUGUUCGAGUAUCUGUGGUUCAUUUCAGCGCGCGGGCAACGGAAACCUGGAAACAACCCUGAGCGCGGGUAACGGGAACGACAGGUCCUGUUCCCGUUUUAGACAUUUGGUGUAGACGUUGUGACGAAGCGGGCUGCACCGACGGAACGUUCAGCGAACAGGAACGGGUCGACAGAUACUCCGCUGAGCUCGCUGACCGCGUCUGCUCGCCGCCGCCGCACAACUCCGGACAGCGGGCGGACUCAGAAGCCCCGAGAAAUCCGUCACGUCCGCGGGUCUUUGCGGCCUGAGCUCGCGGUCGGUGCCCCGAGUGGUUCAGUCGUCAUGCUGUCGCCUUUAAAGUCGCACAAACACGCCAGCGGAGCGCGGUGAGAGCGCCGCUGCGCCCGAGUCCGAGCCAGUCGCUGCCUUUUGCCUGGACGGGACAAAAUGAUCCGAAGCGAACGGACAUUCGGAGGCCUGACCUGUGCGUUUUGAGCCGGGACCGAGAGCUGCGGACGCGCAUUUUGACAUGUUUGCUUGUCCGAGCGUGCGCUGCCGCCAUAUUGAGGAGUCCUGCUGGUGACUGGCUGUUGGGACCGAGCUGUCGAGCUCGGAGCGCCAGACGGGUGGCGUUGGGGCGACUGGUGACGCAGGAAAAACACCCAGACAGGAGACCAGAAACCCGAGGAAGCAGGAGCGCUCCGGCAGCCUAAUGCAUGCCCGAAAGUCUUAAACAGAGAGAGACGCGCCGUUAACGCCGCGGAUCGAGUAAUCUCGACAGAAACCGGACUGCUGGUCAUGAGGAAGUCGCGUCGAGUGUCUGGGUAAUGCAAUGUUCACUGCAACUCCGCCCAAGCCUCAUCUGCUGCUCUUCCACUCGGUCGCUCUCUGGUUCCACCUUGCUGCCUUCCAGGCAGUGAUUUCCCACCUGACUCCUGCCACAUAAGCGGACAAAAUUGCAAAAAUUUGCCCUGUGUCGAGCAUGACUGCCACCACACGGGGCUCCCCUGUGGGGAGCAGCGACAACCAGGGCCAGAGCCAAGCUCCGGAUGGCCAGAGCCAAACCCUGCUUCCCCAGAACCAGGCGCCCUCUCCCAACUCCUCUAAUGAAACGUCUCCGCUGAGUCCACCAGAGGAGCAGGGGCAGGGUGAUGCUCAGCAGGCACAGGAAGAGGAGGAGCCAGCCUUUCCCCACACAGACCUGGCCAAGCUGGAUGACAUGAUCAACCGACCUCGCUGGGUGGUCCCAGUCUUGCCAAAGGGGGAGCUGGAAGUUCUACUUGAAGCUGCUAUAGAUCUUAGUAAAAAAGGGCUUGAUGUGAAGUGUGAGGCGUGUCAAAGGUUUUUCCGAGAUGGUCUGACAAUCUCGUUCACGAAAAUACUGACAGAUGAGGCAGUGAGUGGCUGGAAGUUUGAAAUUCAUAGGUGCAUCAUCAAUAACACACACCGCCUGGUGGAGCUCUGUGUGGUCAAACUGUCUCAAGAUUGGUUUCCUCUGCUUGAGCUGCUAGCCAUGGCAACCAACCCUCACUGCAAGUUUCACAUCUACAACGGGACUCGCCCGUCUGAGAGUGUGCCUGCUGGUGCCCAGCUCGCUGAUGAUGAGCUCUUUGCACGUCCACCAGAUCCUCGUUCACCUAAGGGCUGGCUGGUGGACCUCAUAAAUAAAUUUGGCACCCUGAACGGGUUCCAGGUUCUGCAUGAUCGUUUCAUGAGUGGCCAGGCUCUUAAUGUACAGAUUAUUGCAGCACUCAUCAAGCCUUUUGGGCAGUGCUAUGAGUUCUUGACGUUGCACACAGUGAAGAAGUUCUUCUUGCCCGUGAUUGAGAUGGUUCCACAGUUUUUGGAGAACCUCACAGAUGAGGAACUUAAGAAGGAGGCCAAGAAUGAAGCCAAGAAUGAUGCCCUUUCAAUGAUUAUCAAGUCCCUGAAGAAUCUGGCAUCCAGAGUACCAGGCCAAGAAGAAACUGUCAAGAAUUUAGAAAUCUUUAGGUUAAAAAUGAUCCUUAGGUUAUUGCAAAUUUCAUCUUUUAAUGGAAAAAUGAAUGCACUAAAUGAAGUGAACAAAGUGAUCUCCAGCGUUUCUUAUUACACCCAUCGCCAUGGAAACCCAGAGGAAGAAGAGUGGCUCACUGCUGAAAGAAUGGCGGAAUGGAUACAGCAAAAUAACAUUCUGUCGAUUGUGCUGAGAGACAGUCUGCACCAGCCUCAGUAUGUGGAGAAACUAGAGAAGAUACUGCGCUUUGUCAUUAAAGAAAAAGCCCUGACCUUACAGGACCUGGACAACAUCUGGGCUGCUCAGGCUGGUAAGCAUGAGGCCAUUGUAAAGAAUGUGCAUGAUCUGCUGGCAAAGCUGGCCUGGGACUUCUCUCCUGAGCAGCUAGACCAUCUCUUUGAUUGUUUUAAGGCGAGCUGGACGAACGCGAGUAAGAAGCAGAGGGAAAAGCUGCUGGAGUUGAUCCGCAGACUUGCAGAGGAUGAUAAGGAUGGAGUGAUGGCUCACAAGGUGCUCAACCUGCUAUGGAACUUGGCCCACAGUGAUGACGUCCCUGUCGACAUCAUGGAUCAGGCUCUGAGCGCGCACAUCAAGAUUCUGGACUACAGCUGUUCUCAGGACCGAGACACGCAGAAGAUCCAGUGGAUUGACCGUUUCAUUGAGGAACUACGAACUAAUGAUAAAUGGGUGAUCCCGGCUCUGAAGCAGAUCAGAGAGAUCUGUAGCCUGUUUGGAGAAGCACCUCAGAACCUCAGGGAUGAUGGUGGUGGCUUUCAGGCAUGUGGGGACAACAGCCUGACUCAGCGAGAUGUUAAAGAUAUCUGUAAAGACAUCUGUGAGGUCCCAAACACAGUCCCUCAGCACACGAGCGGCCAGACGCAGCGGAGUCCUCAUGUAUUUUACCGUCAUGACCUGAUCAACCAGCUGCAGCAUAACCAUGCUCUGGUCACACUGGUUGCAGAGAACCUGUCUGCUUACAUGGAGAACAUGAGACAGUUCUCUAAAGAGCACACAGGCUUCGAUCCUCAGACGGUUCGAGUGGGCAGCCGCUACAGCCACGUGCAGGAAGUUCAGGAGAGGCUCAACUUCCUGAGGUUUCUGCUGAAGGAUGGGCAGCUGUGGCUGUGUGCUCCUCAGGCUAAGCAGAUCUGGAAGUGCCUGGCAGAGAACGCAGUCUUCCUCUGUGACCGAGAGGCCUGUUUCAAAUGGUACUCUAAACUCAUGGGUGAUGAGCCUGACCUUGAUCCGGACAUCAACAAGGACUUCUUUGAGAACAAUGUGCUACAGCUGGACCCCUCACUGCUGACAGAGAAUGGAAUGAAGUGCUUUGAACGCUUCUUUAAAGCAGUGAACUGCAGGGAGGGCAAGCUGGUAGCAAAGCGCAGGGCAUACAUGAUGGACGAUCUAGAGCUCAUAGGCCUCGACUACCUCUGGAGGGUUGUGAUUCAAGGGAGCGAUGACAUUGCCACUCGUGCAAUAGAUUUGCUGAAAGAGAUUUACACCAACCUUGGACCAAAACUACAAGUCAAUCAGGUAGAGAUCCAUGAAGACUUCAUCCAGUCCUGUUUUGACCGUCUGAAGGCCUCAUAUGACACGCUUUGUGUGUUGGAUGGGGACAAGGACAGCAUAAACUGUGCUCGCCAAGAGGCAAUUCGUAUGGUCAGGGUGCUUACUGUGCUUAAAGAAUACAUUAAUGAGUGUGACAGCGACUACCAUGAGGAGAGGACCAUUCUUCCCAUGUCCAGGGCGUUCCGUGGGAAGCACAUCACCCUGGUGGUGCGGUUUCCAAACCAGGGCCGGCAGGUGGAUGACCUGGACAUCUGGUCUCACACCAAUGACACAAUUGGCUCUGUGCGUCGCUGCAUCCUCAACCGUAUCAAAGCCAACAGUACACACACCAAAAUCGAGCUUUUCAUUGGAGGAGAGAUUGUGGACCCAGCAGAUGAUCGCAAGCUGAUUGGGCAGCUCAACCUUAAAGACAAAACUCUGAUCACAGCAAAACUGACCCAGGUUAGCUCCAACAUGCCCUCUAGUCCUGACAGCUCCUCUGACUCGUCCACGGGGUCACCUGGUAACCAUGGCAACCACUACAGCGAUGGGCCCAACCCAGAAGUGGAGAGCUGCCUACCUGGCGUGAUCAUGUCGCUGCACCUGCGGUAUAUCUCAUUCCUGUGGCAGGUUGCUGAUUUGGGCUGCACUUUAAGCAUGCCUCUGUUACGGGAUGGGGCCAGGGUCCUUAUGAAGCUCAUACCUCCAGAUAACACUACAGUGGAGAACCUGCGAGCGAUUUGUCUGGACCACGCCAAGCUGGGAGAGAACAGCCUUAGCCCCACGCUAGACUCCCGCUUCUUCGGACCCUCCCCAUCACAAGUGCUCUACCUCACUGAGGUUGUUUAUGCUCUUCUAAUGCCAGCCAGUGGUACUCUGGGAGAAGAUGCCAGUGACUUCCAGUACAACUUCCUGAAGAGUGGAGGUCUCCCUCUAGUACUCGGCAUGCUUACAAGGAACAACUUUCUGCCAAAUGCUGACAUGGAGACGCGCCGUGGAGCCUAUCUGAAUGCCCUGAAGAUUGCUAAGCUCCUUCUGACUGCUAUUGGCUUUGGGCAUGUUAAAGCAGUGGCAGAGGCAUGCCAACCUGUGGUGGAGGGAACCAACCCUGCAUCACCAAUAAAUCAAGCAACUCAUGACCAAGCUUUGGUGCUUCAAAAUGCUCUCCAGAACAUUCCUAACCCCUCCUCCGAGUGCAUGCUGCGUAAUGUAGCUAUUCGCCUGGCUCAGCAGAUCUCCGAUGAGAAUUUCUUCCAGGCUUCAAAGUACAUCCCCGACAUCUGUGUAAUACGGGCAGUACAGAAGAUUGUGUGGGCGUCAGGCUGUGGAAGCGUUCAACUGGUCUUCAGCUCCAAUGAGGAGAUCAGCAAGAUCUAUGAGAAGACUAAUGCAGGUAAUGAGCCAGAUGCGGAGGAUGAGCAGGUGUGCUGUGAGGCUCUGGAGGCCAUGACUCUGUGCUUCGCUCUCAUGCCCACUGCCUUGGAUACACUCAGCAAGGAAAAGGCUUGGCAGACUUUCAUCAUCGACCUGCUUCUGCACUGCCAGAGCAAAUUGGUCCGUCAGAUGGCUCAGGAACAGUUUUUCCUCAUGGCCACCAGGUGCUGCAUGGGACACAGACCUCUUCUCUUUUUCAUUACCCUGCUCUUUACUGUUCUGGGAAGCACUGCAAAGGAAAGAGCAAAGCAUGCAGGUGAUUACUUCACCCUUUUGAGGCACUUACUCAACUAUGCAUACAACAGCAACAUCAACCUGCCCAACGCCGAGGUCCUGCUCAACAAUGAGAUUGACUGGCUGAAAAGAAUCAGGGAUGAGGUGAAAAGAACAGGGGAGACUGGGGUGGAAGAGACUAUUCUAGAAGGUCACCUAGGGGUCACCAAGGAACUGUUGGCGUUCCAGUCCCCUGAGAAAAAAUUCUGCAUUGGCUGUGAGAAGGGUGGAGCAAACCUCAUCAAGGAGCUGAUAGAUGAUUUCAUCUUCCCAGCAUCUAAUGUUUACCUGCAAUAUGUGAAGACUGGAGAGUUCCCUGCCGAACAGGCGAUCCCAGUGUGCAGUAGUCCUGCUACAAUCAAUGCUGGCUUUGAGCUGCUUGUGGCCCUUGCCGUGGGAUGUGUACGCAAUCUGAAGCAGAUUGUGGACACUCUCACAGAAAUGUACUACCAAGGCUGUGAGGCUCUUACAGAGUGGGAGUACCUCCCACCUGUCGGGCCACGACCUACUAAAGGAUUUGUAGGCUUGAAGAACGCAGGAGCCACGUGCUACAUGAACUCCGUGAUCCAGCAGUUGUAUAUGAUCCCCCCAAUCCGAAAUGGCAUUCUGGCCAUUGAGGGCACUGGCAGUGAUGUGGAUGAUGAUAUGUCUGGAGACGAAAAGCAGGAUAGCGAGAGUAAUGUGGACCCCAGGGAUGAAGUGUUCAGUUAUCACCACCAGUUUGAUGACAAGCCCUCUCUCAAUAAGGCUGAGGACCGCAAGGAGUACAAUAUUGGAGUGCUGCGCCACCUGCAGGUCAUUUUCGGCCAUCUCGCUGCAUCCCAACUGCAGUAUUAUGUACCUAGAGGCUUCUGGAAACAGUUCAGGUUAUGGGGGGAACCAGUCAAUUUGAGGGAACAGCACGAUGCCCUUGAGUUUUUUAACUCUCUUGUGGACAGCCUGGAUGAGGCACUGAAGGCUCUUGGCCAUCCCAGCAUGCUCAGCAGAGUCCUGGGUGGCUCGUUUGCAGACCAGAAGAUCUGCCAGGGCUGUCCUCACAGGUAUGAGUGUGAAGAGUCCUUCACCACAUUGAAUGUAGACAUCAGGAACCAUCAGAACCUCCUAGACUCCAUGGAACAGUAUGUCAAAGGGGACUUGCUGGAAGGAGCCAAUGCUUACCACUGUGAAAAAUGCAACAAGAAGGUUGAUACAGUGAAACGCCUCUUGAUUAAGAAGCUUCCCCCAGUACUGGCCAUCCAGCUCAAACGUUUUGACUACGACUGGGAACGUGAGUGUGCCAUAAAGUUCAAUGACUACUUCGAGUUCCCGCGUGAACUGGACAUGGAGCCGUACACGGUGGCGGGUGUCGCUAAGCUGGAGGGCGACGAGCUGUCUCCAGAGAGUCAGGUCAUCCAUCAGAGCCCACCUUUGGAGUCAGAGUCAAGCGGAAGCUCCCGCUAUCGGCUGGUGGGUGUGUUGGUGCACUCGGGCCAAGCAAGCGGUGGACACUACUACUCGUACAUUGUCCAACGGCAUGGCAAUGGAAGUGAUGGCCAGCGGGAUCGCUGGUACAAGUUUGAUGAUGGCGACGUCACGGAGUGCAAAAUGGAUGAUGACGAGGAGAUGAAGAACCAGUGCUUUGGUGGAGAGUACAUGGGCGAGGUGUUUGACCACAUGAUGAAGCGCAUGUCGUACCGCCGGCAGAAGCGCUGGUGGAAUGCUUACAUACUUUUCUAUGAGCGCAUGGACACAGCAGGGGGCGACAGCGAGCUGUUAAAGUAUAUAGCUGAGCUAACGCUUACACCGAAGCCUCACCAGCUCAAAAUGCCUUCAGCUAUCGAGUGCAGCGUGCGCAAGCAGAACGUGCAGUUCAUGCACAGCCGCAUGCAGUACAGCCUAGAGUACUUCCAGUUCAUCAAAAAAUUACUGACCUGCAAUAGCGUGUACCUGAACCCUCCUCCAGGUCAAGAUCACCUACUACCUGAAGCUGAAGAAAUCUCCGUGAUUAGUAUUCAGCUUGCUGCUAGAUUCCUGUUCAGCACAGGAUUCCACACAAAGAAAGUAGUCCGAGGACCUGCUAGUGACUGGUACGAUGCCCUGUGCAUCUUAUUGCGUCACAGCAAGAAUGUCCGCAGCUGGUUUGCACACAACGUCCUUUUUGCCUUUCCCACGCGGUUCUCUGAGUAUUUAUUGGAGUGUCCAAGCGCCGAGGUCCGAGGAGCCUUCUCCAAACUCAUAGUUUUCAUUGCACACUUCUCGCUACAGGACGGACCAUGCCCUGCUCCUGUUACCUCACCAGGGUCCUCCACGCAGACCUGUGACAAUCUGACCCUGAGUGAUCACCUUUUGCGAGCAGUACUUAACCUGCUGAGGAGGGAAGUGUCUGAGCAUGGACGUCACCUUCAGCAGUACUUCAACCUCUUUGUCAUGUAUGCCAACCUGGGUUUGGCGGAGAAGACGCAGCUGUUGAAGUUGAGUGUGCCGGCUACAUUUAUGUUGGUCGCUUUGGAUGAGGGUCCUGGUCCCCCCAUUAAGUACCAGUACGCAGAGCUUGGCAAGCUGUACACAGUUGUGUCUCAGCUGGUGCGAUGCUGUGAUGUAUCAUCGCGCAUGCAGUCCUCAAUUAACGGUAAUCCAGCUCUUCCAAACCCUUAUGGUGACUCCAACCUCACAGCCCCCAUAAUGCCACUGCAGCAGUUGGUGGCAGAAAUACUUUUUGUGCGCACCAGCUAUGUGAAGAAGAUCAUUGAGGACUGCAGUAACUCUGAGGAGACCGUCAAACUGCUGCGUUUCUGCUGCUGGGAGAACCCUCAGUUCUCUUCCACCGUACUCAGUGAACUUCUUUGGCAGGUGGCGUACUCCUAUACUUAUGAACUGAGGCCUUACCUGGACCUGCUACUCCAGAUCCUGCUGAUUGAGGACUCAUGGCAGACGCAUAGGAUCCACAAUGUGCUCAAGGGAAUUCCUGAUGACCGAGAUGGCCUCUUUGAUACCAUCCAGCGCUCCAAGAAUCACUAUCAAAAGAGGGCUUAUCAGUGCAUCAAGUGCAUGGUGGCUCUCUUCAGCAACUGCUCUGUGGCCUACCAGAUCCUACAGAGUAAUGGGGACUUGAAAAGGAAAUGGACAUGGGCAGUCGAGUGGCUGGGCGAUGAGCUGGAGAGGAGGCCAUACACGGGAAACCCUCAGUAUAGCUACAACAACUGGUCUCCUCCAGUACAGAGUAAUGAAACCUCUAACGGCUACUUUCUAGAACGAUCUCACAGUGCCAGGAUGACGUUGGCUAAGGCCUGUGAACUCUGUCCUGAGGAGGAGCCUGAUGAUCAGGAAGCUCCAGAUGACCAUGAUUCUUCCCCUCCAGAGGACACAGCACUCUACCCCCACUCACCUGGGACACAGUAUCAACAGCCAAACAACCACCCCCAUGGGCAGCCUUACACAGGUCCAGCUGCCCAGCACAUGAAUAACCCUCAGCGUCCCCCCCAGAGACCUCAGGAGAGCUGGGAGGGCACAGAGGAGGUGCCCCCUGUGCAGACGAAAGAGUAGCCAACUGCCCCAAGCCUUGCCUCUCAACCCUGUCCUGAUCUCGUCUGGCUGACGGCUUUGUUGGGGCGUGCCCAGGCCUUACAAGCACCUGACACCGUUUCUCCAGGACAGAACAACCUCCACGCUAUUAAAGCACCUCUACUCAAGUCAUUCAACUUUCUCCUUCCUACCCAACUCAUUUUUUCCUUAUCAUGUCUAACUUCCGCCUGUCUGUGUCCCAGGAUUCAGCUGAUUGAGUGUGAUAAACUGGAGUGGAUUUCAGUCUCAACGCUGACUGCCCUGCUGAGCUCGGUGCACAAACACACGCACAUGCACACAUAAACAUGCUGCCUGUGUACAGCACUUUGUGUAAAGAAGGAUAGCCUGUGGGGUGAUCGUGUGCAGGAAUGGGGAUGGUGUACAUGGUGUGUAUACAUUUUGGACCACUAAGUAACCACCACCUGUAACAGCAACUGCCAGAUUGUCUGUUGGUGUCCAAGACUUGAUGAUGUACAAGAUCUUUAAACAGUUGGAUUAAAAAAUGUUAAUAUAAAGGGGAGGGGGGCUGCAGACAAGACGUAACACUGAACGUGGGGAUGAGGUUGUCUUUUUUCAUGCGUCAAAUGGCAAGAAGAUUACCUCUGCAUGGUCUUGAUGGACACUGUGGUCUGACUGCACCAGGACUAAUAAAAUCUGAUCCCCUUCAAUGACUCUGCGGGGUCUUUGGUUGGGCUUAGUGUCAGUAUGAGGGUUUGGAACAGAUCUAAAAGCACUUCUCUGCAUUUUUUCCACCAGUCUUUUUGGUGUCACUGGGGUAACUUUGGCUGGCUUAGAGUUUGAAGUAUUCCAGAGUGCUCCUCUUCUUUUUCUCCUGCCGCCCCCUGCACCUCCAACAUAGCAUAGGCCUCAUGUGACUGCUCAGCUGCACAUUAUCUCCAAUAAGUGAACAUUUAAACUAAUAGUGAAGGGUAGCACUUUGGCAGUUGAAUGAAAGGAAAGAUCGCUUUUCAGCUUGGAUUCAUCGUUGUGACUCAACCCAAGACACGCGUCACUUCCCCGGUCGCUGUACAGUCAGAGCCCCCGGCCACAUACCUGUAAUACUGUGUCCAAGGAGAUUCUGUCAGGGUUGGAGAGUUAGUUUCAGCGUGAUGCUUUAUGACUAGCGUUCUGCGGGAUUUGUCAGCGUCAGAACAUACUGUACUGCAUUUAUUUCAUGAAUGUGUGGGUUUCUUUUAUGCUUUUGUCUGAAAUACCAAAAAAAAAACAUUGAAAAAGAUGAAUCAAGCCCACAAUAUUAUAUAUAUAGCUGUUUUCUUUUAUAGACGUUAUUUUGCUGAAUUUGCAAAGACAGAGUGUUUGAUUUAAAAGGAAAAAAAUGUGUUAUUUUUACGAGGAGAUAUUUACUGUACAGAAAAGUUGAGCUCCCCCUUUUUUUUUGGCCAGCUUUUGAGUUGCUGAUGGCGUGAGGUUGACUCUGGAGCUAUAGUAGCCAUGUUUCACUUGAAGGUUUCUGUCUCUGCACAAAAAGUACAAUAACAAACUCAUUGCUCUACAAGUAAAAAUAAACAUGUAAAUGCAGUGCAAACUUUAUUAGCUUUCUAAUGUUUCAUUUGUGGUACAUUUUGUAAAUAUCUAAUGCACGCAAAAAGUGAGAGAAAAAAAUGCAUAAAUAAGGCAAAAUGUCUCAUGGUUGUGAAAUGAGUCGUCUGCGGGUGGAUUUUCCCUCAGUAGACAGCAUCACAUUGUCCAGAGUUCUAUAGAAAAUACCUGGAUUUGCUGGAGGCUGCCCUAAAACGUCUGCCAAAACCAAACCAGUGGCCUAUAGACUUGGCGUCACAGCCUGACAUCCGACUACAGAAGCUCAGCAGAUCUGGUAACACACGGCGCCGUAAUGCUUUACAAGGUUUCCACCAACUUGUCGGGGGGUGGCAGGAAGCCAUAUGGACCCAGCGGAUUGGUGAUUCCCUUCUCGCCCACCUUAAACAAGCACUACAGGUCAUCAUACUCUCAGCCCAUCUGUUAAGAAUGCUUCCUCCUCCUAGGCUGAGAGGUCUCAUGAUGUUAAACUUGUUUUUAUGUUUAUUUUGGCUUUUUUCACCCCUUUUGUGUUUCUGUAAAUGUUUAUUGAGGAUCAGAUUUGCCUUCUGAUUUUUUUUUUUUUUUUUUUUUUUUUUGGGGGGGGAGGGUAAUUUUGAAUUCUUCUGAAGCUCUUUUUGUGAAACGUGCAUGGAUAAUAUUCCUUGAUCUGCCUUAGAGCACUGUACAAACCCAGCACACUGUAAAAUUAUACUUUAAAAGUAAAAAAUAAAAAAUAAAUGGUAUUUGAGUUA